AUCAAAUGAAAUAAAAAAAAAUUAAAAAAAUUGUUAAUAAUCAUUUUAUAGCUCAUAAUAAUAAAUAAACAUGUCUACCUCUUGUACCUUGAUCAUCAAGUUCUUAUGCAUAUUUUCUCUCCUCUUUGUGUGUACCUCAGCCCAAUUAUUUUUUGGAUUUCCUCGUUUUGAUGAUCAACACCAAGGACAAACACACAAUGGUAAACAUAACGACGACAACAAUGAGGAGAGACAACCACGACUUGGUGUUCCAGAACUUCACGAUAUAUUUGGGCGCCUUAUUCCAAGGUUUAAAUUUGAUAUAGGAGGGGAAGCAGGAAUUGGUGAUGUACCUGACUUGCCCCUUCCUAUAAGGGGUAGACAAGAACCAAUUCAUUUAAAAGAUUUUCCUAAAGGAAAAAAACAAAAACCUAAGAAGAAAAAAAAUAAGAGAGAGAAUUUACCGGUACAACAACAACAUGUACAACCAGAAGUAAUUGGAGAGACAAAUUACCUAGGAAAAUGGGAAAUAGUUUCUCAAAGUUCUGGAGUUUCAGCCAUGCAUAUCCAGCUAAUGCCUACCAAUAAACUUGCCAUGUUUGAUGCCACUUCUUUGGGUAAAUCAACAGUUGAAUUGCCUCCUAAUCGUUGUCGCCUUGUUCCUAACACAACAGAUCAGUUUGAUUGUUUUGCACACGCAGUUGAAUAUGAUCCUGAAACCAACAAAAUCAGAACACUCAAGGUCUUAACUGAUCCAUGGUGCUCAAGUGGAGGGCUAGCACCUGAUGGUACCCUAAUUAGUACUGGUGGAUGGAAAGAUGGAGAGAGAUCACUUCGAUACUACGACUCCUGCGACACAUGUGAUUGGAAGGAAUCCAACAUUUUGUUGGCUGAUAUCAGGUGGUAUGGAACCCAGACAAUGCUAGCUGAUGGACGGUAUAUAGUGCUUGGAGGACGUCGUGCCUUUAACUACGAGUUCCUUGCUCCAGAAGGCCAACCUAGCCCUGGAAGGAUAGAUCUUCCCUUCCUUAAAGAGACAACUGACCUACAUGAGAACAACCUAUACCCCUUUGUUCACCUCGCUCCAGAUGGGAAUCUCUUCAUCUUAGCCAACUUUAAAGCCAUCCUUCUUGAUGUAAGAACCAACAAGAUUGUCAGACAGUACCCUGACUUGCCUGGUGGAGCUCGAAACUACCCUGGCUCCGCUACCACUACCAUCCUCCCAAUAAACCUACAGAAUGGCAACAAAGACAUAGAGGUACUUGUUUGUGGUGGUGGACAACCAUUAGCCUUUGGUAAGGCAGAGAAGGAGGGAAUCUUCCUUCCAGCAUUGGAUACCUGCGGAAGGAUUAAGGUCUUAGACCCUGCUGCCCAAUGGGAAACCGAAACAAUGCCUGCAGCUCGCGUUAUGAGUGACAUGUUGAACCUACCAAACGGCCAAAUUAUCAUCCUUAAUGGAGCCCAGAAGGGAGCUUCAGGUUGGCAGUUUGCUGAUGAACCUAUUUUAACCCCAUUUCUCUACAGCCCAGACAAGCCAAAUGGUCAGCGUUUCAGGUAUUGGCACCCAGCCAGAUCCCUCGUAUGUCACUCAUCAUCCGCGGUCCUCCCAGAUGGAAAAAUUCUCGUUGCAGGAAGUAACACCAACCCAGGAUACCUAUUCAAGGAUGUCAAAUUCCCAACUGAACUUCGUGUUGAGAAGUUCGAUCCUCCUUACCUUGACCAAGCCCUUGAUGUUUUCAGGCCUAAAAUGGUCCAGUUGCAAAACAAAGCCAUAGGUUAUGGACAAACUAUUCAGAUGACAUGUAACAUCUUUGCUCCCGCGCCAAUCCUACAGAAUGAUGUAAUGGUUACAAUGUACAAGCCACCUUUUACCACCCAUGGCUAUUCCAUGAACCAAAGGCUACUAAAUUUGAAAAUUUCUAGCUUCACCCUUCAACCACUCGGCAACUUUCAGUUACAGUUGGAAGCUCCUCCUAGUGGUGAGGUUGCACCUCCUGGUCAUUACAUUCUAUUCAUUAACUAUCGCGGUGUUCCCAGUGCCGGUUCCUGGAUUCAGCUGCAAUAGUUUGCAGGGUUUAUCAAAGUUACUUGUAUUGAUCUACUGUAGUUUCAAAUUUUGGUAUGUCUGCACUUUUUUUCUUUUUUUCUUUUUUUUUUUUUUUUUUUUUUUUAUAUAUAUAAAUGUAAUGUUUUAUGUAAUGUAGUUCUCAAACACAGCCAUGGACUUUUUUAUUACCUUUUUUGUUUUUUUUUUUUUUUGUAGAGCAGAUGUUUAACAUUAAAAAAAUACUUAAAUUCUUAAAUACUGAAGGAAUAUCUAACAAAACAACAAAAAUAUUUUUAAUAGCAACCACCUCUUGAGAAGUCUACUAAAUUUAAAUAGAGGAAAGCGCGUAAAAUAUUGAUGAUAUCAGCAGCGUUAGGUUUUGUAUACUACAAGAUCAGAAAGAGGUGAGUUUUAUGUAAUUAUAUUUGUGCUGUCUAAGACUGUUGUGUAUAAUACACCUGUUGUAUACAUGAUUUUUCCUAUCAAUGAAAAAAAAAAAAUAUUGUAGACAUUUAAAUCACCCGGCUAACCUU